AUGUCUGCAAUAAAAAGAAUAUCAGAUAGAGCACUUGCUCAAUUGAAAAAAAGAUACCAACCAAGUGAUUUCCGACCAACUUUUAAAGGUUAUAACAUGUAUGGCAAACCAAUUUACAAGAAACCAAAAGUUAGUUUACGAAUGUUGAAUGUAAUGCGAAAGAAUUUAGACUAUCUACAAAGGGAUCCUACCAGUAUUGGCUUGCCUAUUAAACCCGAGAAACGACCACCUAGACUUAAAAAACCUAAACGUCCUAAAUAUGAAAGAGAUGCUCCUAAAAGGCGUCAGAAAAUUCAGAAAUCGUUAGAAGAAAUGCCAAAAGUAAUUGAGACCUGGAGAAAGGUAAAUUACACUUAUUUUGGACCAAAUAAACAAUUACAAUCAAUGACCUUUCCAGAAACACAUCCUGAUGAGAAACUUCGAGGAAAACCUAAAGGAAUUAAACAAGUGUUAGAGGAAUGA